AUGCGACUGUUUAUCCUACUUUCAAUUGUCGGCUGCACAUAUGCCACCUACUAUAGUAGUGGUGGAUACGGCGGCGGCGGUGGUGGAUACGGCGGCGGUCGAUACGGCGGUGGUGGAUACGGCGGUGGUGGAUACGGCGGUGGUGGUGGUGGAUACGGCGGAGGUGGAUACGGCGGAGGUGGAUAUGGAGGAGGUGGAUAUGGAGGAGGUGGAUAUGGAGGUGGUGGAUAUGGUGGAGGCGGAUACGGAGGUGGGGGAUACGGUGGUAGAGGAGGCGGAAUCGUCAUCGUAGGAGGCAAAGGAGGAUACGGAGGUGGGGGAUACGGCGGAGGAAGAAGAGGUGGCUUCGUCGGUGGAUUUGUUGGCGGUAGAGGUGGAGGCGGAUACGGUGGAGGCGGAUACGGUGGAGGCGGAUUUAUAGGAGGUGGAAUGAAAGGUGGAUACGGUGGAGGUGGAUACGGUGGAGGUGGAUACGGUGGCGGCGGAUACGGAGGCGGCGGAUACGGUGGAGGUGGAUACGGUGGCGGCGGAUACGGAGGCGGCGGAUACGGUGGAGGUGGAUACGGUGGAUACGGUGGCGGCGGAUACGGUGGAGGUGGAUUUGGAGGAAAAUGUAAGUGCAGUCAUAAUGAUUAA